AUGGCGUUGCAGCUGGAGCGGCAAUUGAAAGCGGCUCAGAACUUUUUGGUUGGUGUGAGAACUCUUCCAAACUACCGUGAGAUCUUGAUCAAGCAACAUGGCGAUUUGAGCCGUGUCGUUGCCAAAGUGGACUCGUUGACUACGGAGGCUGCAGGGCGGCUUUUGUCUGCAGUCGAGACGGAACUGUGGGGCGCGUGCGCAGAGCAGCUGAAGCAAGACAUAGCUGCUCGCAGAGGCAAGGAUGAGGCCAAUAGCCGUAGAUCUAAUCAGGAUUUCCUGGCGGCGGUGCAUUAUCUGCCUGCUUGGUUGGUGGCGCGCCUUGAAUCGGAUCGAAACCGUGCCGAAGUUUUGGAACAUUUGUGUCGUCAUCUCGUGAAGUUGGGUCUUCGUCAUCCGACUGAGAAGACGUGUGGUUUGAUCCUUGCACUGGCAUUUGAUUUUCAUGGAGUCGCUUUCGAAGCGGACAAGUGGCAAUACACGGUAAUGCACAAGGCAACCGUGCAGAAACUGCUGACUAAGCCGGAGCCUUCGGUGUACUUGGAUGUCUUGCCUACUGAUUUGGAGCAGUGUCCAGGGGCGCUGUUCCAAGCAGCAUUUCCGAACGGUCAGCAACCGAUCGCUUUGCAGUCUGCGGCGGAUCUGGUUGUUCGUGGCCGCACAUGGCCCAUUCGGAACUCGCAUCGUGUUGCUGCCUCUACUUCGAAGCCAGCUGCUUCGAAUGCUGUGGAUUUUUACGCUGUUGGUCAAAUGGCUGCUGGAAUGAUGGCUGCUGGAUCACACGUGGGACAGCGGACGCAUUCUUUAGCGGCAGCUCCGGCGACGCCUGCGGAGAAGCCUCCGAAGGUAUUGCUGGCGUUGGAGGAUGGUCCAGUGGAGGAUGUUCCCGCAGCCGCGCCGCGUGCAGAGAUGUCUGAGCCAUCGGUUCCCUUUCCUUCGAAGACACGCUCUGACGGCGGUGCUGCAAAUGUGGCGGCUUCUUUGGCCGCUUUGAAAGGCGCUGUGGCCAGCCAGGUCAAAGAGACAGGACAGAAGGCUUUGAAGAAGCCUGCGUCGCGUUUGCAAGCAAAGAUGAAAGAAGAUGGGUUGCAAAGGGAAAAGAAGUCGUCCUAUGAGGUUCUGAAGAAACCUGCUUCCAAAGUGUCUGAGAAGUUGCGCAAGGCUGCUGAUGGCAAGGCAGCUGCAAAGAAGGUGGCUGCAUCCAGCAGAGCGAAGAAGCCAACAAAGAAGACGGACCAGAAGGAAAAGAAAGCUGCUAAGCGAAUGCGGCUGUUAGCAACGUUGCCGCCGAAGAUUCGCCGCAAGUACAAGGAUGGCUGUGGCCGUUGCCGUUGGCGCAAGGAGUGCACGCUGAGCUGUUGGGUAAGGCUCAAACGGCGUGUCUGCGGCGCGCGCUCUCCGUUCUUUGGUGAGGACGAUGCGCUGCCUGGGAUCUCUACGGGAGCUUCGGGAAAAGUACGCAUGUCUCCGGAGAGCGACUCCAGUGACUCGGAGUCAGUGGAAGAGGCAGCGGAACGGACGACCGAGAAGAAAAGUCCACAGAAGGACGAAGAAGAACCCAAACGUGCAAAACCAAGUCCUUUUGUGAUGAGAAGGAAAGACGUCGAUCCCACGCAAGGGGUCGCCGCCGGGGUCGGUCUGCCUCACGUGGGCGAGACCGACGCCGCAGGCACAGAACGGAAGGCACGGCGCAAGGAGGCCGAGCCAGAGGACAAAGGAAGCAAGCGCCCGGUGUCACCUCCUGGCCAGCCGCCGGAAGGAGCCGCUGUGGACUUGCGGCCAGCAAGGCGUGCGGAAACAGAUGCGGGAACAGUUGCACCAAAAGUGAAGUGCCCACACUGUGGGAAAAAGCUGACCGCCCAAGAAAGUGGACAAAAGUUGCACAUGUACCUGAAUCUGUACUGCAUCCGUUGCCAGCUGUGGCAAAAACUACCGGAUGCUAACCGGACGCAGGAAAUGUGGGAGAACACGUUGCAACAGGCGAAGGUUUUAUGCGCGCAGAGGGCAAAGCAAGAUCAGCGAGACGCUGAGGCUGCAGCGGUGGCACCUACGAGGUCCCAGGCAAGCCGCGUUCGCAAGGCGAAGCCGUCCUUGCCCAAAGCAUUGCCGCUGGAUCCUCCGAGCCCAAGCGGCGGAGACACAGGGUCGGAUCCACCGGAACCGGAGAAGCCUGUUGGUAAGUCCAAGAAGGUAAGUGAGACUUUGGACCAAGCAGAGUCUAGAGCCUACGAGGCCGCAGACACAGACGCUGCCAAGCAGUGCUGUCGUCUGAAUCGUUUGAUUCAGACGUGCCUUUCCCCAACCUGGGAGAUGGUUUCGGCGGAUCCGAACCCGGAGAAAACGAUCCUGUGCGCGGUGUCGGAUUGGACGGAUGACUGGUCGAGGUUCAAGCACUGCUUGACCGGCUACCAUAUGGAAGAAUUCCGCACCGUGGCAGCUGAUUUGAAACGAUUGCAAGAAUAUCUCAUGCUUCUCCCGGAAGCGAGCUGGGCCUACGCGGCGGAAACGCAGGUUCUUCUUUUGCUGGCUGAUUGUGAAGCUUUGCACCCGCAAGGCACGUAG